AUGACAAUUCGUGUCACAGACGCGGUGAAUUGGACUACGCUGGAGGCGGUGCAUCUGAAUGAAGAGGAAACGAAUGCGUCGAGUCGUAUCUUCAUCAAAGUGUUCUUCCAGGAAAUAACCGAGCAUAUGGGACUAGCCAAGCUAAACGAGCGCCUGCAAGACCCCUUCCUGUCGCCAUACUUCCGCAACCUUCUGCCCAAGGACCAUCCACGCAACACGCGCUUCGCGAUCAACUUCUUCACAUCCAUUGGGUUGGGUGGCCUGACCGACGACUUGCGCGAACACCUCAAGAACGCACCCAAACUCAUCAUGCAGCAGCAACAGGAGGCUGAGUCCAGUGAUUCGUCGGAUAGUGGGUCAGAGUCGUCUUCAUCCAGCUCUAGCAGUAGCUCUAGUAGUAGUAGUAGCAGCUCUAGUAGUAGUAGCAGCAGUGCCAGCAGCGAGUCUUCCAGCGGCAGCAGUGACGAGAGCGAGCGGGAGAUUGACGGGUCACUUACACGCGCGAAGAGACGCAGAGGCGACGACCGGGAUGUAGAUAAACGUAGAGAUGGAGGUAAACGUAGUGGUGGCAAUAAACGUACUGAUGGGGGUAGACGUAGUGGUGGCGAUAAACGUACUGAUGGGGGUAGGCGUAGUGGGGAGGGGAAGGAUAGAGAGGCUGAGGGGAAAGCACGCACUGCUAGUCACAAGCGGCGAGCGUCCAGAAGUAGGAGUAGAGGCACCAGCAAAGACCGCGGCAAACGCUCACGGAAGUGAGUGGCCAGCAACCACGCUGCAUGACGCUGAUGGGUGGUGAUUAAUAAUAAAGUGAUUCCGCCCGG